AUGAGUGAUAAGGAGCAUACAUCGCAAGUUCCCUAUGCAAACACGACAAACAUCUACCUCGGUCCAUCCGCCAUGGACUCUAUCCGCCCUGAUAUGGUACUGUCCCAGUCCCUCCAUGGCGUGCUGAAGGACCUUCAUCGCCGGCCAUACCCGCAUGUUCCGAAUCCACCGGGUUGCAAGAAGCGCGCUUCCGUCGCCUUGAUCCUCCGAGUACGACCGACCUUUGACUACUGGCCCAGCUCUCCAGCUACACCCACACAAGACCCUUCUCUGGCUGUCGACCAGCGACUGGAAAACUUCUUCUCGCAAUCGUGGGUUCAGCAUGGCGAUCCCGAGGUUCUCUUUAUAAAGCGCGCUUCACGGGUCGGGGACCGGUGGACGGGUCAUGUUGCCUUGCCCGGUGGGAAACGAGACCCGGAGGAUGCGGAUGACCGCGCUGCGGCAAUUAGAGAGGCAGUGGAGGAAAUCGGGCUGGAUCUGACGACGGAGGACUGCAUCAGCGUGGGCAAUCUGCCUGAGCGGGUGGUGACUACCAGUUGGGGUUCUGUACCACUGAUGGUUCUAUCUUCGACGCAUUGGAUCCCUCUUCGAGCCCUAUUGUCUCCAUCGCUGCGUACCGUGGAAUAUGUGGAUAUGUCGCAGCGGUUUAUGCGACAAGGUGGGUUCUUGGCCCGCCUUGCUAUCCGAGCGGUGAUGGGCUGGAUGCAGUUCUCUGCCAUUCGACUCCUUCCCUCAGAAAGUGUGCACUGCAGCUCUAUCCCGGGGUUUGUACCCGACGAGAAAACAGAUGGAUCGGCUAUUCAACGCCUGAAAACAUGGUCUUUGGGCAACCAAGCAAAUUCGGGCGACACGAACCGCCCACUUCUGCUCUGGGGCUUGACCCUCGGCAUCUUGGCCGAUUUCUUGGAUAUGCUCCCGCCUCACACGGCUGUGCAGUUGUGGAAAUACCCCACCUUCACAGCCCCAGAUUUGCGUUUGAUCGUGAGCAUUUUGACAUAUAACCUGCGGAAACGCAAUGCGCUCCAAGUGAGAUUGGGCACCCGCCCCAAUGAGACGGCGCUGGACAGUGAGACAGCCGCUUUGCCCGUCGCCCCAGAGUCCGAUCCCAAACACGAUCAUAACGAGGUUGGCAUCGGCGGUCUUGGGGUCGGACGAUACUUUGGGCCGUCCGAUCGGCCCGACGGGCCCUCGUACGCGGUGGGCAUCAUGCUGCGCGGGUAUUACCAACGACUACGCACGGCGAUCUAUGUGUUCCUGGCCUGGCGCAUGGCUCUUGGGUCUGUGGCAGCUGUCUCUGUCUGGCGAUUUAUGAAAAAGCUGCGGUGA